AUGUCUAACCUUACGGAUCUGUAUAUGAGUAAUGUGUCGAACACUGACUCUGGUUUGGCUCAAUGUGCAUCUGAAAACGUCGAAUCUAACAAAAAAAACUUUAAUUCAUUUCCAGCAAAUGAUAAAGUUAAUUAUCAAGAUUUAUCGAAUAGAUGCUUAAAAUUUGAUAAUAAAUUUCAAUUUCACGAUAGUACAUACGGGUCCAAUGAUAACAAGUUAGACUCAGGUCAUGAUUGUCUUCCAAACUUGGAAAAAUUAAUUCAUGAAAGUGUUUCAAGGUCAACAGCUAGGCUUUUGACCAAAAAUACACUGAAAUAUUUGGAUAAAGGUUUGAUGGUAAAACCCGGAGGUGGUGUGUCACAUCAGUUCACAGUCGUAACGCCUAAACACAGAGAAAAUGCCGAAUCAACAUUAUUAAAGAAUAAAAACAAUGAUUAUGAAGAAGGGGCUGGAAAUGAGUCAGAAUACCAAGACCUAAGACUAAAUACAGCCAAAUCAAGGCUUUCAACGGUUAGACUAAAUAAGGUAACCUAUGAGAUGUACAAGCUUUUUAACAAUAUAAAACACUUUCAAAAUAAUACAGCUCACAAUGAAAGUACAGAAUUUGCUCCAGCUAAUAAUUUAGAAAAGGAAAAUGAAAAUGAAAAUUACCUGAACUCGAGUUCAAGGAGAUUGAGCAUAGAGACCUCAUCAUUGGAUAAUUUAGAACCGAUAUCUAAUUUUACAAAUGCAUUCGAGUCAAGGCUUAGACCAAAUGGGUUACAAUCUCUCAGUACUUCAUAUCCUGAAGAUUCAACAAAUUUAACCUAUACUAGUUUAAACAGGUUUGAGGUGGACCAUAAUCAAGCUCAGUUGUCUGCCAAUAUAAGUAACCUGGAAGUUAAAGGGUCUGAAGAAACUGAAUUCUCUGAUGAUUUUGAAGCUUCAUCUGGGGAUGACUCUCGAAAUUAUGAAACUUAUGUAUCUAAAAAUCAAUUUGAAGUACCAGUUGACCUGAGUGCAGAACCAGUUAAGGCACAAACUCUUGAGUAUGAAGAGGAAAAAAAAGAUGAACUCGAUUAUACACUAUACAACUCAAAUAAAGGGAAAGUUGAAAGUUCGAAACCAGUUCAUGAAUCAGGAAAGAGUGGGUUUGAUGAGUUUCAGGUUAAUGGAGCUGAAGUCCCUGACGCUACUAAUAAACAAAAAGGGUUCAACACCGGGUAUAUUACAAGAGUUUAUGCUCCAAUGGAUAGGUUUCAAUCAUCGUCAGUGAAAAGAGCAGUGGUGGUUGGAUGCAACUAUUUAGGGAACCCAGACGCACAGCUGAGAGGCUGCUGCAAUGACGCAUUUGUGUUUGCACAGGUGCUGGUAAAAAGGUUCAACUUUGAUCCUAAAAAUGUUAUUUUAUUGCUAGACUCAAGACCUAGCCCAGCAUAUACAAGGAACUUAUCGCAAUUCAAUAAUUCUUUAAUUUCAGAAAACGGUUUUGGUUUAGAUUUAACCAGAAUUAAUAAGAGUGUGACGGAGCGGAACAUAUACCCAACAAAGAAAGUCUCAAUGUUUGGAAGGCAUUUAGUGGAGAGAAACGUCAAACACUUGACACUAAACGACAAUAUUUGUCUGGAUUCAGUAGUUGUUCCAACGCCUGUGGAUAUGUUACCAACCAGAGGAAAUAUAUUCAGAUCACUGAAAUGGCUUAAUUUUUCAAGCAGUCCAAACGAUUUCUCAGUUUUUUUCUUCUCUGGACACUCAGUACAGGUUGAUGAUUUGUCAGGAUAUGAAGGAGAGGGAUAUGACGAGGCAUUGGUUCCAUCAGAUUUCCAACACAACGGACUAGUAACAUGUAAUGACCUAAAGUGUAUUUUCCAAUCAAUUGGAUCAACAUGUAAAUUAAACGUGUUCUUUGACGCUUCAAACCUACAAACAGUUGUUGGAGGAUCAAGCAGGUCAGGACCAGUGAAGGGCAGUAUGAUGAAGGGGUUCUGGCCAUUUUCAGAACCAACAGGAAAACUAAAUUCAUUUGAAUGUUCAGAUUCAGUGUAUAAAGAUCCAAACAUGAUGAACCAAAUGACGAAAGUAAAGUAUCUUCCCACAGUUGAAGUUGAUAGUCUGAGCAGUUUAUCUGAUGUUCAACUUACCCUUGACGCUACACACGGGAUGGUUAACUAUUUGGUUAUUUCAUCAAGUAACUUGAAAACUGUAUCAAUAGAAUGCCUUUUCAAGCCAUUAAACUUGGAACAAACUUAUCGCCAAUCUAAAUCUAACGCCAAUGUUAGGGAUGAUGAAGUUGUGGUUCACGGAGCUUUCACUUACACACUCCUGCUCACCCUUUUAUACGACAGGCCGACCAGACGAGGAGGGCAUGGAGUUGAGGAAGUUGUGGAAGGCAUUAACCGGAAACUUUCUCAGCUAAGGAGACUUAGACUCCCAAAACUAAAUCAAACAUCAGAAGUUCUGUUCUACCAUUCAUCCAAACUCCCUAAAAACACACUACUCUUCCCUUCAACUGCAAACAAAUCUUAUUCUACCAAAUGGGCAAAUAGUCUUUACGGAUUCUUGUUACCUGCUGAUGCCUGGAUGGUGUUAGUAAACCAUGGACGAGAAAAGGCCAAGGAGCAACAAAUGAAAUUCGAGCGGAUGAAAACUGACCUAAUUACACUCACAAAUCUCAACAAUAAGUUCUUCAACUCAAAUACUGCAAGAACCAAUCGAGACAACACAAAUAAUUUGAAUUACAAUGAAGUUAAUGAGAAUAGUACAAGACUGAAAAACAAUAAAGGUAUGGUAAAAGGUACGAAUAGUAAUUUGCUUGAAAUUAAAAUUAAGCCAGUAUUGUCUGGAGACCAAAAAUCGUACCAGCCUAGAACUGGAAGAAGCCAAACCAAUAGCUUGAAUUCUCGUGUUUUCACAAGAAACUUAGGCGUUUCUGGAAGGGCUAAUUUAAGGAGUAAAACUGAAACAGUUAAUUCUCCACCAGGUUUAAAUUACGGAGAAGCAAUGAUACCAAAUUGGGUUGAAACGAAACAUGAUAAACUAAUGAGGGAAGCAGUUCAAAGCCAUAAUUGGUACGGAGGGUGCACCUAUUCCAUACCAAUGAAUCCUAAAGUUAACAAUUACAGUCAAGCUACAGAUUACCCAACCAUGGGUAAUCAUCCAAAUGUAAAAUAUUCAAAUGAUACAAGUGAGUAUUUAAAGUAUCAAAAACCAACAAAUCCAUUCUUGUACAAUAAACUACAACCAGUUCAGCUGUAUGAACCCAUCACUGUUGCAAUGCUUCAGCAACUACCUACGAGUAAAUCAUUUAAUGUAACAUAA